GCUAGCUAGCUCCAAAGCCAAGCCAAGCUAUCGCUACCAUGGUCAAGAAGAAGGGCAAAUCGAAGCGUACCACGCUCAAGGACAAGUACAAGAUCGAUCGACGAGUGAAGGAGACUCAUUUGAAGCGCAAGAAACAGGCCAAGAGGGAUGAAAAAGCAGGCAAGGUGGUACCGAAAAAGAAGGACCCAGGAAUCCCCAAUUCGUGGCCCUUCAAACAGGACUUGCUCAAGGAUAUCCAGCGCACACGAGAGCGACAACAACAAAAGCAGGUGGAAUUAAAAGAAAAGAGAAAGAAUGAACUCAAAAUGCUACGAGAGCACCAGGAACAAGGAGGGUCGGCCCGGACAGUUCAGGAAUUAGUGGAUCGAGCAUCCCAAUCACAAGCGGCCUUUGAAGAGAAACAACCCGACAACGAAAUGUCCGAUGGAACCGUCGCGGCAGGACAAGCGUCUCGUCGGGCUUAUUUGCGAGAACUCAAAAAAGUGGUGGACAGUGCCGAUGUCUUGUUGCAAGUUCUGGAUGCCCGAGAUCCCUUGGGCUCGAGAAUUCAUCCCACCAUUGAAGAUACCAUCUUGGCACAAGCCGACAAACGCAUGGUGCUGGUACUCAACAAAAUUGAUCUAGUUCCCAAACAGGUCGUGGCCGAUUGGUUGCAAGUGCUUCGCAAAUCGCAUCCUACCAUUGCCAUUAAAGCCAGUCAGGAAAAAAGUGUGGAAGAACAUGCCGAUGCUGCUUCCACGUCGAUUCCUGUGGGAAUGGAUGGUCUCUUGCAAUUGCUCAAGAAUUAUGCUCGUACUGGAGGUACGGGAGGAAAGAGCAAAACCACCAUUGUCGUUGGUAUUCUGGGCUAUCCUAAUGUUGGAAAGAGCAGUAUCAUCAAUGCCUUGAAACGCAGCCGUGCGGUCGGUGUAAGUUCUCGUCCUGGCAGUACGGCUUCCAUGCAGGAAGUCGUUCUCGACCGAAAUGUACGCCUCUUGGACAGUCCAGGGGUCGUCUUUAAUGACAAAUCCACACUCUUGGGAUGUGUCGAUGCCCAUUCCAUGGAUGAUCCCAUUCCUCCCGUCGAAGCCAUUUUGGAACGAUGCGAUCAUUCCAGUUUGCUCAUGACGUACAACAUUCCCACCUUUCCAGCUGGCAAUGUCAUGGUGUUUCUGGCCAUGGUGGCCAAGUCUCAUGGACGCGUGUUGAAGGGAGGAAUCCCCGACAAGGUUGCGGCAGCUCGCACUGUCUUGAGGGAUUGGAACAGUGGGAAGAUCCCAUACUACACUCCGGCGCCGGAUAUCGAAAUGGAUGAUUCCACCAGCAACACGAACAAUAGCAACAAUACGCAGGCCGUCAUUGUGUCUCAAAUGAGCAAGGAACUCAACUUGGAAAAGCUGGAUCAAGAGGUCAUGAACUCGUUGGAGGAUCGCGAUGAAAUGGAUUUCGUUCAAUUGAAGGAAGGCAGCAAGAAGGAGACAACAUCCAUGGAUGUGGAUAGAGCUGUCAAGAUUCUAAAGGGAGAAAGUAGUGGCAAUGACGACGAUGGUGACGACAACAUGGAUCUGGAUGAUGGCAAGAAGAAACGAUCAAAGCUGAAUGAGGCCGAUGACUAUGAUUUUGAUGACAUGUAAGCAAUUAAAAGUUAAAGAUGGUGCGUACCGCAAUGCAGCUGGUCUCAGCAUAGAGCCUAGUAGCUCUUAUAAACGCAUUACAAUGUAUUUUCCAAUUAUCAUGCAUGCGACAUGCAAUCUCCAGUAUUAAUAGCUACCAGGGACAUCCAAUGUUGACUCUUUGGUUGCACUUUUUUUAUUCUGCAGCCAAGUUUUAUCGAGUCCACUCUGCUUUCAUUGUGUGUACUUCAUACAGAGAAACUUGAUCUAUCCUGUCCAAGCUGGCAUCCGCCGCGUCUAGGAUCCCUAGUCUGUCACUAACAUGAGCCCGCGGGACUUCUUCAGGGGUUCCAGCUUUGUAAGGCGUUCCUUGGGGUCGUUUGCAAUCCAUUGUGGCUGUUUGAAAGACGGUAUAGUUCAGUGUCGACGCCUCCAGUAGUUUCAAGGUACGACGAUGUCUUCCAUUGCUUUCCAAACUUCCAGGAGGUGAAAGGGUGGGUCAACGUGGCAAACCGUUGAUGGUACAAAAAUCCGUGUUGGGAUCUCGAAGUCCACAGAGUCCGUAAUGGAAUACCCGAAAAUUUUCCUACUAUGAGGUGGCUGGUCGUCCUUAGUCCUGGUCGCUUUCGUCCCCGAUUUCGUCGUACAAGGUGAAUAGCUCACAUGGGGACAGUUCUUCGUUCGUUAAGUUCAGAUCAUACUCCUCUGUUGUCUCUUGCGAGCCUGUUGGAGACAAUGAAACACGGGCUGGGGUGAUUGUCGGGCGUGGAUGACUGGCCAAGACCCUUGGCAAGAUCAUCCAACGUCUCUGGGCGGAGAUCUUGUUCUCGCAACUCCUCGCAAAGGCUCUGCGUAUCUCUUCCUUCAGUGGGUCUUCUGGAGGCUUACAGGCCGGAAGAAGCUUCAGGCCAGUCAUCAUGUAAUACCAAUUGAUGGCUGCCUUCAUGGCAAGAAGCAUGGGAUCGGGGACUUCGUAAUCCAAGCUAUUUUGAAGUUUCACUUUCACGACAUUGAAUCCAGUAACGUGCCCCCCUGGCACACGAACCCUUCCAUCAGCGAGAUCUGCAAGAACCAGCACCAUCUCUUGUUGUGCAUUUUCACUCUGAUCAGAUCUAAAGGGCGAACACAACCUUCACACGCGUAGCGCUCUCUGCAAGUGCCUUGAUCGUUGCGGUCAGCAGGUCCCGCGCGCAAUCCAAAUCCCCUGGUUGGGCCUCUGAUACAACCCGUCCCUUUUCGCGAGCGUUGAAUCCCCUGCCACCAAUCAUGUGUGGGGCAACAUCCUCACUCUUACAGAUCAGAACAACCUCAUAUUCUGUACCAGGUGUCCAGUCCUUUGCUUCGUUGGGAGGGAUGCAUGGGAGAACAAAGAAUCCCGGGUUUGUAUCGUAAGGAAACUUGUGGCCGGCUGGAACCCUGGUCUUGUUGAUGAGCAAGUUUUUGAUAGCAUAUUUGUUGUCGUUUGCAAUGUGCUUUCAUGAUUUUCUUCCUCAGCAGGAACUCCUCGUCAUCGGAACCCUCUAUAAUGCGAGGAGCGCUUGCAUCGAUAUUGUCAAUUUCCUGACUAGCUGCUCGAAGUCUCUCGAGUGAGAGAAGGUCAAGGUUCGAGCCGAUGACGCACUGCAAGAAUGGACCAUACGAUGGAGCGCACAUUUCGGAGUCGGGGACAGCGUGGGCAUCUUCACCACCCGUGGUACCCAAGAUAUCAAGCUUGCCCCCUUCCUCCAGUGGGUUCUGCUUUGCGCGCAACUUGUCGCUCUUAAGGACGCUGCUUUUCCUUGAACCCCCCUUACUGUUGGUAUGUGUCUUUGUGAGACCUAUCUCGUUGAGAACCACGCGGUAGUGGUGAUUCGUCUUGGUUCGUCGAAUGGCAUCGAGACCACCAGCAAACUCCACCCGUUCGUUCGCUUCCCCAAAAACCUGGUCCACAAGACUAUAGCAUUUGCCCUUGACCGCCAAAAUUG